UCACGUGUGUGAAUCGUUGCGAAUAUAUAGAGUUCAUUUUAUACUAUUAUAUAUCAUGUGACAUAAUAUAAAGCCAUAUAUUAACAUAAAUGGUUGUUCAUUCAUUUGUCCUCAGAAGUUUAGAACUUAGAAGUGUACUAUGGUAGCUAAAAAUUUGUGCUAAAAUUGACUCAACAGUGUCAACCAGCUUCUAUGAUUCUAAAUUGUGGUCCGUAACUGCAAUUCCAGACGUAAUUCAAAGGUUUUAGAGGUCUUUCCGCUGUAUUUGACUGCAAUGUCGAUGUUUGCAGCAUAACUGUAACCGCGGCCACAACUGCGACUUAGAACUAUUGUCUACCUUUUGAGUUGAGGAGGGAAAAGGUUACAUAGAUUGAGAUGGAAGGGAGAGGGUUUUAUAGCUUAUACAAGAAUUCAAGUGAGGAACUUUUCUUGAAAACAUUGAUGGAUAACCCUAUUGGAGUACCAAUACCGACCAUGGACAUGCCGAGUUUCAAGGCUGUUUCUCAAAGUUUUAGAACAGACAGUGAGGAACUCUUCAAAAAGUGGUUAACAAAUGAAGAGGGAUACAAUUCAUCAAGCAAAGGGCUUCAUAGUAAACUAUCACAGAGAAUGUCAUAUGAACUAUCUAAUUUGUCCAAUAUGCAAAAUAUGUCUGUAAUAUCCGAGGGAAGAAUUAUGCAAGACGAUCCUAAGGCGAAUGAUUAUUCAACUGAUUUCAAUCAAUUUCCUUUAGGAGAACCUGUUGAUGAAGUUCAACAAUCUAGUAACUUGUUUCUUGCCAAGGCUUGGUUUCUAAGCGAUCAACGAAUGACAAGAAGUCGAUCUUCUGAAUUGAGGCAAAGGUAUUGUCAGAUGCACAAUGCUCAAGUAGCACAAGGAAUAGAAUCCGUUCACAUGUUGGCUACUCAGAAUGGCAAUAACACUCAACAAGAAGUUUCAAAUUUAAAUGGUUUUAACCACCUUAAUCAAAAGGGUGCAUUCACAUCUCCAUCGAAUUCGUCUUCGUCAACGUUCAAUACACAUCAAUUGAAUGAUAACACAGAUAAAAUCUCUUCGUAUGUAAAUAUGCUGAAAGAUACAUUAGAACAUAAGCGACUUACCAGCCAAAUAGCGAAACAAGGCGUGGAAGAUAACUCAAAUGAACUUUUCAAUCCUCAAGAAGAUUAUUUCCUCCAAACUAGCUUUGAUGAAGGGAAUGAAAAUUGGAACCAUCAAAAUCCAAUAUAUGUCGAAGGAUCCUCUACUAUUCAAGUUAAGGAUCAUGAAGUCAUGCAAACACUUGAAGCAUCCAUAAACCUAAUUGACUUGGAUGGUUUAGCAAAUCAAACAAAUCCAAUAUAUUUGAGCUCAGCUUCUCCAAGUGAAUCUUCUAUUGCUGCAACAUUAGUCUCUACUGGUUUCGAUGGAUGCGACGGUCCAUGCAUAUCAAGCCAAACUCUUUGUGAAAGCUCAUGGAAUAAAGUUGGAGGAAGUGCAAGUUUGGAAAAUAGAGUCAGAGGUUUCAGAGAACAAAAAAUUGAUAAUCUAAAAGAUGAUAGAGAGAAGAGAAGUCUAGAAAGAUAUGCAUCUGUAACGUCAGAGGACAAGGAGAAUGCCACAAAAAGACGUAGGGUGGAGCGAGCACGAAAAAUGGCAGAGGCAAAGGAAAGGAAUUUGAUACCAUCCAUUCCCCCUGAUAUGCAAGCUGUCUUGAAGCGAUGUGAAGACCUUGAGAAGGAAGUUCGAUCGUUAAAGCUUAAUUUAUCCUUCAUGAACAGGAAAGAUUCUGAACAAACAAAGCAGAUAGAGGACCUUCAUAAGCAAAAUGAGGAUUUGACUGAUGAAAAAGAACACCUUCUGGAAGAGAUUGAAACAUUAGUAUCAAAAAAUGGAAAACUCUAAUGUUGUGUUUCGUAUUUAUUCCUUUCAACUAAGUCAAUUACAUUCUACAUAUUCAUCUUGUUAUACAACAGUCAAGAAUUCAUUCUCUUAUUGACCAUGAGAACAAUAGUUGGAACCACCAAUUGAUUUCGUAUUAUUUUGA